AUGCGUUUCUCCACCGCCGUUGCCGUUGCGCUCUCUGCCUCUGUCAGCCUUGUCGCUGCCCAGGACAAGUGCGAUGCUCAAAACAUCGUCGACACGUGCGUUUCCGGCUACCAGUCGCGCAUCGAUGCCUGCAACAAGAAGGGCAACGACUUCAUCUGCCUGUGCGACGUCUACCGUGAUGUCCUCGUCUGCUACAACAACUGCCCCGACUCGCUCGACAGGCCCCCGGUCGAGAACACCGUCACCUCGUACUGCAAUGCCGCUGAGCCCCUGCGCGCCGCUGCUUCCAGCUCCAUGGCUUCCGUUGCUAGCGUAGCCGCUACACAGUCGCACGCUUCGGCUACUAAGACCAGCGAGCCUACUGCUACUGGCUCUGGCUCUGGCUCGGCCAGCUCUACUUCCCCAACUGCCCCUGCUUUCUCUGGUGCUUCCGGUGCCGACAAGAACAGCAUCAAGGCCGGUGCUGCUCUCCUUGCUCUCGUUGGUGCUGCCGGACUUUUGUAA